CAGCCCGAUUCAAGUUUGUCACCUCAGGAAAAAAAAGUUUUAAAACUUACAAUUCUUUCUUGAUAAAAGAUUUUUCUUACGGAAUUUCGAUACUGUUUUAAUCGACCCUUUUCAAUUAUUUAUGGACGAUAUGAUAUGUCUUUAUUAGUAACGUGUAAAGUGAGUAUUUUACAGACGCCAAUUUGUGUCUAAUGGGCCAAAUGGAUAAUAUCUGUAACGGAUAAGAAAACCUUGAGGUAAGCAACAUCAUUUGAACAUAUUCUUCAGCUGUAAACAGGAAUUUGGAUUGACAUCGAGGAUAUCCGCGACCUUAAGUACAACCAAGCGUAGAAGUGGUGAUCUAGACGAUGUAAUAUUCAAUCGUUUCAUCAAUAUAUAUUUAUUCAAUGGUGUAAUUCCGGCAACAUAUACAUUUUUUAGAGAAUUUCUUUAGAAGCAUUUUCAAUUAGCAUCGAUUGAAAAAUUAAGGCUACGACCAAUCUGGUGUGAUGUGGCUUCUGAAGCUAAUAGAAAUCGCAACUUGGAAUGCUGCAAUCCACCUUAAGAAAGAAACUGAAGAAAAUUAUCUUAUCCAUCACCCUGUAUAUGACCUGACAAAAAUUUCUGAAAGUGUAUUAGGUCGGGCACACGCCGCGAUAAACAAUACGCCAAAUAAAACCUACUUAAAAAUAAACAGCUAGUUUCAAAAUGUCGUUUUCUAUAUCACUCCGUUUGUUACACCGUUCUGUACUUUUCUUGGUGCCUAUUUUGGGAAAAGUGGGGCGUUCAAUAGACACGGAAUUGUAGGAUUUAAAUGUUUUUUUUUUUCUACUAAGUUAGAGCUGCAGAUCAUUUCCAACGUCUAAUGGGCCUUUAUAUCAUUUCAAAAUCAAAUUAUUGUUGCCACUUUUAUAUUUUCAUUAAAGUAGUUGUAUUAAAUUUCAAGUUACAUAUUACUUUACAAAGGAGUGAAAUUAAUUUCAUUUUAGUUUCAAUAGCGGCUGUUGUCACUUAAUUUUACCUUAAAAUUUAAAUGACAUCCAAAAUAACACACAGGCUUUGAAUCUUUUAGUCAAAAAAGUCAAGUUGUGUAAAUAAAAAUCUCUAUGUAAAUUAGAUAGAUAAGAUUGCCCAAAUCUGAUCCUUAUAUAUUUGAGUUUUGCAUCCAUUCAAAUUUAUUAACAUUGCUACAAUACAAUAUAACACAAUUUAACACGGACCGUUUCUCCAUUAAGUCCCCACUUAAACAAUUUUCUAGUUUUCAAAAGGUAUUUAGUAAAUUUUGUUUUAGUAAAAGCAAACUAUUAUGAACAGAGUUUUCGGGUUAGUUUUACUGUGUUACGUCAGUGCGAUAGUGUUCUUCUUGAUAACUUCCGGAGAGGCCAACAAUACCCACAACAGAUUUCGAAGAUAUCUGAGCUUCAGGAAUAUAUCCCAUUUCUUUCUCCGUGUGAAUUUCAAAGCUAAUAUGGUGCCGUGGAAUCAGCUUUUUGCCCAAGCAGUCGGUUUCCGUGUGAAUUGGGAUGAGCCACCAGACUCCUUUCAUCCUUAUCAUAGACUUUACAGACGAGACCUUUAUCGUCAUAUGGAAACAGUCUUGGACAGGAACGGCCUUAAUGGCUUCCAUUGCGUGAGACGAGCUAUUUGCGAAAUGGAAAUGAUCUCGCAGCCCACCGAAAUAUAUCACAGGAUUUUAAAAAUGGUUUUUAGGCGUCAAUCAUCGUCUACAGACAAAUGGCACAAUAAAACGGAAACAGAAUGUCAAAACUCCAUAAAUUCAUGCCCCUUCUCAGUAUUAGAAGUGUCGCAGUUCACUGAUGUUGCAUAAAAAUAAUUGAUAAAGCCCAAAA